GACGUAAAUUAACAACAACAGGUUAUACCAAAAUAGAAAGUUCACGUUUGGAUGACAUAGUCACCUACUAAACAGUUAAUGCUUCUUACAUGAAAGCUUAAAGCGUAUCAAAAUUUAUUACCGUAAACUGUCAGCAAUAAUCAUUCUUCCCAAAAUAUUGAUUAAAAAAUAAGAAGUGUGAUUAAUAAAAGUGUGAUUAAUGUGAAAAAUAAGAAGAUUUUUCGUUUUCUUCUCGUACUAUUUCUAAAAAUGUUUCAAUAAUUCUAAUAAAACAGCAAUGAAAUGUAGAACUUUAUAGAAUUUCUUCAAAACUGCGUUCUCUUAUGAUAUGAAUAUGGAAAACUCUUUUCUAAAUAAAAAUUUGUUGAGGCCAUUAGAAGAUCAAUUGCGAUGUCGCAUUUGUUCUGAGUUCUAUAGUAAUUGUGUUAUGGCAGUUUGCAGUCACAAUUUUUGUUCUGUUUGUAUUAAGAAAAGAUUAACUACUGAGGAAGAUUGUCCCUGCUGUUUUGAAAUAAUUCAAGAAAGUGAUUUACGGAGUAACAGAAUUUUAGAUAGAUUAGUUCGCUUAUAUAAAAAACUGCAAAGGGACAGCAAUAAUCGCAAUACAGAGGCACAAAAUCAUAGCAUUAGUUAUUCACAAGCUCAAAGUAAUUCUCAUAAUCCAAUGGAGUCUGACAUACAAAUGACAUCUGUACAAAGUUCUGUUCAAUGCACUGAUAUUUUACCUAGCAAUGCCCCUUGUCAAAAUUCACCACUUAUUCAAUCUAUCCAUUCUCAACUUACAGAUCUAGAUUAUCCAGUUAAACUUGAAAUUGUUGAUUGUAAUGAAUCCAGUACAAAUGAUGUUGUUAUGUCUACUAAUUCUGCUGAGGAUUCUAUCGGGAGUGACAAGUCAGACUUCACAGAAAUAAAACGUCCAAGAGAAAAUUAUAAACAAAAUAGCAAAAAUGAAAUGAAUAAUCAUCUAGAAAAAACAACCAACAAUCAAAUUCCCAGAGCGAAUUCAAGGAUAAGUUCUGCUGCAGUGAGCUGGCAAAAAAUGGCUAUGCCAGCUGUAAGCUGGCAAAGAAUGCCACCUCAUUUGUUACAAACUCUAAAUGAGAAUAAAGAACCUUUGCCACAUCAUUAUAGAGAAAUGAUUAGAAUAAUCGCAGAUGAUAUUUUAAGCUUCACAACUAACCCGAAGAAAGCGUUAGUAAAAAGUGUAGCUAAAAUGUGUGUUGAAAAAUUUCCUAUCUUAAGGGAUAAUUUCCAAAAUUUUACAAUUGGGUCAGGAUAUGAUCAUCUCACAAAUCGCGUGAUCUCACGAAUUGAAAACCUGAGAAGAAAAUUUUCAAUAUCAAAAACGCUUGUUGAUGAUCCAAAACUACACAGUAACAAGAAAAGAAAACAAUGUUAUGACAGUUAUGGGUGUGUUGCGUGGUCUCCAAGCAUUCCGCUAGAUGAGACUAUUGAAAGUUUAGAAUCUAAAAAAAGACUUUUAAAAAAUUGCCACCCAAAUAGUGAAAUGUCCAUAACUUUGAUGAAUCAAACUUAUUACUUACAAAGAAAAGAGAUAAACGAGGGAGCGAAAAUAAGUGACUUAUUAAUUGAAUGGCCACUUCUUUUUCAUUCAACUUUUAUGCUGCAGCAUUUUGAAACUUUAACUGACAAAAACAUUAUUGAAAAACUAGGAAGUACAAUUGAUUCCAAAGGAAAAGAUUUUAUAACUUUUUUUCUGGCAUGUGAAGAAAAAGAAGUAAAAUCUCUGAUUAUUCAAAACAAUGGAAAAAAUAUUGUGCUGUUAAUUCUUUUUGGAAUCGCCAAAUAUUUUAAUGAAGACAUUUCUAUAUUAGUCAAAAUGUCAGAGGUGUUAAACCAACAUGAUGUAGUCGAAAUUGAUAUUCCUGGUCAUCCAUGCCUUGUUGGGAUAGGGCAAAAUGCUCUGGAUACUGAAGGGUUUAUGCUUGGUAUAGAUGGAUGUGUCGUAAAUAGCGAGUUAAAUAGGCCUGAAACUGCAUUCUCAGUUCUCUUUGCUGCUUACUACGUAUUUAAUUUAGAAUAUCCUAAGAAUAUUGCUGUAACACUUGAAUUUUUCCAAAGGUGUAUUUUGGAAAUGAACCCACUUCAGGGAUCCAAAACUCAAAGUAGAAAGACAAAACAAUAUCAGGGCGUUCACCCUAAAAUUUUGAAAUUUUUGAAGAAUUUUAACAGGUGCACAAAUGGGCUCUUUUUGUAAAAUAUC